AUGUGUCAAGACUUUAUGGCGCGACUAGUAUGUAAGUUUUGAACUCAGGAUAAUCGAUGGCGUUGAUUUCAAAAAUCAUAUUCAUUUUUUAAAAAAAAAAAUUUUUCGAAUUUUUGUCACAAAUACUCGGAAUGGUGCUCAUUUGGAACGUUUUCUGAUCGUUGCUUUUAGUCCUGUAAAGUGGUAACUUUUUGUUGCACAAAUAAUUGAUUUAGCAGUUUUCAAUGGCGCUGAUUUCACAAGGAAAGUACUUUUAUGGGGGCUCCCAGACUACGGCACUAACCACUCGGCCACACCGCUCUCUUCCGAAGGAACAGACCGACUGCGCUUUUUAUCUUUUCGAAUGCCUGCGCGCGCCUUUUGUAGGGAAAUUAAGCCAGUUUUUGGGCAUUUUCACCCAUAAAAACCUAAAAUGGGCAGCUAAGAUUUAUAUAUCGUUGAUCAGCAUAUUUUUUCUGAUUUUUUGAGAUAUGUCCCGUCAAAAAGUAGGAGCCCCCAUAAAAGUACUUUCCUUGUCAAAUCAGGAAAAAUGAAUCAGAUUUUCGAAAUCAACGACAUCGAUUAUCCUGAGUUCGAAACUUACAUGCAAGAAAAAUAAUAUUUGUCAGUUUGUCGCUCCCCGUAAAAGAAAACAUCAAAUCCGAGGUUUGAUGCUGUAUUGCGCUGGCUGAAUAAGACUUUUCAAAUUUUCAAGCUUGCUUCUAAACAAAUUGCUUUGGAACUGUCUUUGCAGGGCGUUAAGUUGUAACGCUUAACGUAAUUAAAUCGUUGUGUAGUCCCGAAAUCAGAGCAACAAAGCUACAAAGUUUAUAGUCGCAGAGAUCUAUCUCCCUUUGCAAAUCAACAUUCAUUUUACGAUAACAGCAACAUAUUUAGCGAUGACUUUGGACCUAAAAUUUAUUAAAUUGAUCAAGUCGCCGAAUAAUGUGACCCAAGUUAUUUUAAACCGACCAAAGCAGUUGAACGCGCUAAGCAACGGGUUAUGGAAGUAAGUGAGGGAAUAAAUUUGGAUUUAUUAUUUGAUCAGAGAGAUCGGAGAGGUCUUCAAAUACUUGGAUCAGGAUGAAGAUACAAACGUAAUCAUUUUAAGUGGCAGCGGAAAGUUGUUUUGUGCGGGCUUGGAUAUCAAAGGUAGGAGGAAAGAACAAAGUUGGAUAUUAAUUAUGAAUAGAAAAACAAAAAGAAAACUUCAUGGAUAAAGAAGGAAAUGCGGCAGACAGGGGAAGACAGAUUUACAGGGACUUGAGAUGGCUGCAGGAAGGAUUCACGGCCAUUGAAAAGGUUGGCGACAUUAUAUACUUGAGUCUAGGCUGUCUGCCUGUUAUACGCUCCUUUAAUAAAGCAGUUUAUUUUUGCUUCAGUGUCAGAAACCGGUGAUCGCAGCUCUUCAUGGCGCUUGUAUUGGUGGGGGAUUGUCGAUCAUCUCUGCCUGUGACAUUAUUUACGCCAGUCGAGAGACCAUCUUCUCCUUGAAGGAAGUCCAACUGGGCAUAGCGGCUGAUGUCGGCGCUUUAAAUCGCCUUCCUUUUAUGGUAGGCAACAUGAGUUGGCUCAAAGAAAUAUCGUUAACUGGCAGAAACUUUGAUUCCAACGAAGCUUUGCAAUUUGGUGAGCUUAUUGUAAACAUUAAAUUUAUCUGCAAGAACGAUUAAAAAUAUAUAGCCCAUUUUAGGAGUGAUCAGCCGCAUAUUUGAAUCGCCUAAAGAAACCCUCCAGGCAGCAUUUGAUACGGCCAAUGAGAUCUCACAAUUGGGAAGAGCCGCCGUCCAAGGGACCAAAGUAGUCUUAAAUUACAGCAGAGAUCAUACUGUAGACGAGUCCCUCAACUUUGUUGCUGUCUACAACAUGUCUCAAAUUCAAAAUGCAGAACUUCAGAAUUAUAUUCAGGCAUUUAAAAAAUCUAAAAUUUGA